GUCAAGUUUGACAGCCUGGCAACCGCUGCAGAGAAGAGGAGGAGAAACAAGCAAGAAGCAGCAGAGGAGAUAACGGGCAGAGAGUGCUGGAGUGUUGGAGUGUUGGAGUGCGAGUGAGUGUUGGAGUGAGUGCUGUGGAGAGACCGCGACGCGCGUGCGCGAGGUGGAGAAGGAAUCAGCGAGGUCAUAGGGUUAGGUACGGCGAUCAGGAAGGCUGACGAGGAAAGCAAGGAAAGCCAGAGGGCUGUGCAGCGGUGCAGGUCUGACGGUGUGCUCUCUCUGUGUGUGUGUUUGUGACAACUCUGCUCAACCACAACAGCAGCCAUCAUGAGCUUCGACCAAAUCACAGCACAAAUGGACCGCCGCCAUUGGUGGCUGGUCAGCAAGAUGCAGGAAUCAUUUGGUGACUACCUGCGAAGUGCCGUGCUGGAGCAGUUCCUGUCACACCCAGACACGCUACCAGCACUGCUGCGGUUCACUGCGCCGCCAUCACAAAACCCGCCACCCGCACUCUUCGUGUGGAUCCCUGCCAACAUGGUCACGCAGGAGGGCCCGAUCAUGUACGAGGGCGACGACCAGGAGUUCUCGGUGGGCCACAGCCCGCCCUCAGAGUUCCUGCUCAAAUGCGUCUACUUCAUCCGCACCAAGCCGCACGAGGACAUUGCCAACGAAGUCGCUGGCACAAGCGAGGUUGGAAGCUCGGCGAGGCCGCAGGAUGCAAGGUCAUCAGGAAAGCCACGCAGUGGACGCAGCGAUGUUGCCAGCACUGGCCUUGGCGGCCGACACGAUGGCGAUGGUGACACGGAGAGCGUUGACAGCAUCGGGAUGGUGGAUGACGACGAAGGUGAUGGCGACAGCGAGAGCGCAGGCGACCGUGGCAGCGGCGAACACGGCCCAGGUGAUGCCGCUACAGACGACGGUGACGGGCUUGGUGGUGGUGACCACGACACGGGCCACCUCGAGCCGCACCGGCGGGCACGGUUUGCACCGCGGCUGAGCGUGGCGGUGCAGCCGGCGCUGGAGGAAGGCAGGCAGGACGAGGUGGAGUCUGAGGACGGGACGAUGGCAGGCAUCGUCGAUGAUGACGCGGAAGACCCGUUCCAGGACAGCGAACUGUUUCCAAAGCUCGUGGUGUGGGGCGAGCUGGAGCCCAACGUGGCGAACGAGGUGCGCAGCGCAUACAACAGCGUGCUCACGCCGUACCUGCACUUUGCAGAGUGGCACGAGUGCACGACGGAGCAGCAGCAGCAGCUGAAGCAGGCCAUUGACAAGCUGCUGUCCAGCCUGAACACGUUUGAGGCCGCACUGCACAUGCGCACCGUGUGCUUAUCCAUCCCGCCCAUGUACGCGUUUGGGCUGUUUCGUCCGGGCAACAGGGCCGUUGAUCCGGAGACGCUCAAACAGGCGGAGGGCAUCGUCGACGGGUGGAUUGAGGCCAUUGACGACCUGCUGCAAGAGGGCGCAUUUGAGCACCCACCCCACUACAAAGGAGUGCUUGGGGAACUCGAGUUCUGGAAGGACAGGCAGCUUGCGCUAGGCUCCGUGACAGACCAGCUGAAAACACGCGCGCGCCAGGGCAUCAUCAGUGUGCUCAUUUCCAGCCAGUCGAAGGUUGUGCGCCGCUGGCGCAGCACUGACGGAGCCAUUACGGAGGCCACAAACGAGUGCAAGGACUACAUCAAGUUUCUUGACAACAUCCGCCCGCUCUUGCAGGACCUCUCCAAGCAAGACCCUGAGGCGGUGCUUGCGAGCCUGCAGGCAAUGAGCUCGUCCGCAAAACCGAGCGGAACAGUCGUCCGGCACAUCAACGCCGCCGUCUUCUUCCAGUCCUUCUUCUCCAGAAUCAGCGAAGAGGUGUCGCGUAGUCUGGCGUGCUUCCUGUGUCCGCGGGCGGAGGAGCAGAAGCAGCUCGUGUUCUGGCCUGAGGCCGCCGACGACGAGGACACCCCCUACCAGCCAAUCUGGCUCGCAAAGGACGAUCACGGGGAGCCGAGUGUGAUUGUGUCGAAGGAGGUGAUUGAGAAGCUGCGCCGGUGCAAGCGCGUGGUCAAGUUCUAUCUCGACACGUUCGAGCCCAUGCUCGCCCGCCGCCUCCUUGGUCGCGCACACCGCAGGGGCACGGUGGACAGCAGCACGCCGCGCCCGAGUGACGGCGGCCGCGUGAGCACGAUGCUGCACGACCGUCCAUCGCGCACCUCCCGUACAUCGCGCAUCGACAGUGACUCGAGCCGAAGGGACAGCUCCUUCUCAGCCAUCUCCUCCGCCCUCUCUGAGCGCAGCGGGGAGGGCGCCAAGCUGCCACCAGUCAUCUUUAUGCGUGCGCAGGCGUUCUUGCAGCGCCUGCGCGAGCUUGUGCACAUCUUCACGGAGCUGCACACGCUUGAGGAGAUGAAGAAGGCCAUGUCUGGGUGCAUCCUCUUCCCGGAGCACGCGCGGCUCGCCCGCGAUGUUGUCGCCAUCAAGAAGUUCCUCCUCGACUCGGGUGACUGUCUGCACAACCUUGAGCCGGGCGACUUCUUCUCGCAGGGGUAUCAGGCGAUGGCCGACCUUGUGGCGGCAUCAACCAUGUACCUCUCGACCGCUCUCACCUCGGGCAUGGAGCGCGCACCGUCAACCAUGGAGGCCAUUGCGUACAUCAACAAGUUCAAGACGAUCCUGGACACGAAGGAGUCGAUGGCAUCCUCGGUCAACGCCGCUAUCAUGCAGCUCUUCAUUGAAUACGAGGGCGAGCUUGAACAGCUGCAGGCGCAGUUUGAGCAGCACAAGGCCGAUCCGCCGCUGCCACGCUGCCUUCCGCCCACCGUCGGCCACAUUGUGUGGACCCGCCACCUCCUCCACCGCAUGGAGCCUCCCAUGAUGUUCUUCAAGUCGCACACGGAGGUGAUUCAGGCGGCUGGCCCCGCCGCACACACCAUCCGCCUUUACAACAAGCUCUCAAAGGCGCUGCUGACGUAUGAGACAAUGUACUUCACCAAGUGGAAGGCAAGCGUGUCUGGCAUGCUUUCUGGCCUGAAGGCGACGCUACUCGUUGAGCACCCAACCACACGCCGUCUCGUCCUCAACGCCGAUCCAGCCGUGUUCACCCUCCUUGACGAAGCCAAGAUCAUGACCCGCGAGCGCAUCUCCAUCCCCAACUCUCUGAAUGGUGUGCUGGCGCAGGCGGAGAAGUUCAAGUCGUUUGCGGAGCAGCUGCAGAACAUCCUCAACCGCCACCACAGGAUUGUGACAUCCAUCCCGUCGUAUGUGGCGCCGCUGCUGAAACUACCCAUCUCCGCGGUCAUGCGCGCAUUCCGCCCAGGCCUCAUCAGCCUGACGUGGGAUGCGUCGAACAUCGACGCGUACACGGCGCGCAUUGGCGCAGGCCUUGAUCUGCUCGACCACACCACCUCCCGCGUGAACCACGUCAUUGAUGAAACUGUCAAGCAGAUUCUCACGGACAUUCGCCAGCAACAGCUCGUCCUCUCCUCCAUCCCGCAAGAUGUGACGACGCUGGACGAGUUUGCUCACAGCCAGACGAAAGCGCUGCAAGCGGGCACCAGCCGGCUCGCCGCAAGCAUCGAAGAGGUGAUGCGGUGUGUGGAUGCCAUCUUUCUCCUUGCGCGGGAGAGCGAGGACGCCACGUACCGCCUGCCGUUCUUCAAGCACGACGAUGAGGCCACGGCGCACACCGCCUGCCCCGCAGCCAAGGUUGACCUGAUCAAACAGUUUGUGGAGAUGGUUGAGGAUGCGCUGCAGGCGUGCUUGGUCAAGGCAAUUCGCCAGAUCAGCACACUCCUCUCCACCAAACGCAACCUCCCUGCUGACGAUACGGAGAAGCCCUCAAGCUGUAUUCUCUUGCAGGUGGAGCGGGCAUCACCCCACCUUGUCCAGCUGCCGUCAAGCUCGCAGCUGAGCGACAAGCUGGGCGAGCUGACGAAGGACCUGCAGUCUGCAUGCCAGGCGCUGUGCGCGGCGCUGAUUGACUCCGCCAACAACCUCAACGCCGUGCGUCGCCCGCAUGCGCCAGCAGGCCGCUCGCCCGAUGUGCGACGCGCAAAGAGCGGAGCAGCGCACCGCAGCCACAACCACCACGACAGCACGCACGCCACGCGGUCGAAGCAGACGCUCUCUGGCCAGCGCGCCCCGAUCAAGCUCCACUUGCAAGCGCGCGCGCUGGCGAGGAUGGAGGACGUGGUGGAGGCGAGGGCGGCUGUGGAUGCGCUCAUCCAGAAACUGGUGGCGGUUGCUGGGGAGCGGGUGCAUGCACUGGACAGCCACACGUGGGAGUGGGAACGCAAGUCGUCACGACGCGCCACGCUCAUCAUCAAGCGCAGCAGUCUCGUACAGCUGCACAAGGACGCCGAGGCGCGCGAGGCGUUUGAGCAGCUGCAGUCGGACCUGCACCAACUGAUCGACAUUGAGCAGGCCAUCCACGAGAUUGAGGCGUACAUCUGUGUUGGUGGCCCGUUCUGCCUGGGCACGCGCAACCUCAAGCUGGCCCUUCUGGCGGAGGCGACGGCAUGGAAGGCGGAGCACGCAGCAGCCCUGCACCGCGCCGCGUCGUUUGAAUUGGAGCGCAUCGCAUCCGUGGUCAAGGGCCUGCGCGAACAGAUGGACAGCGAGAUUGAGAGCCUGGACGACCUGCGCGUGAUGAUUGAGGUGCUCGGGUCUGUCGACCAGCACAGCCAGGACCUGGAUGCAUCCGCGCUGGAGCGCGUGUUUGAAGUGCUGCACGAGAUUGGGCUCACCCUCCCGCGCCACGAGGUGCAGGCCCUGCGUGAACUCAAGGAGCAGUGUCUGGACAUCACGGAUACGGCACGCCGCGUCACGCACGACCUCACGACAACGCGGCGGCCGGAGUUUGAGCGACUGCUGGACACGCAGGCCAAGGCGCUGAUGGUGGCAACCAUCCACCUGCGCAACAGCUUUGACAACAGCGGGCCGACCAUCGAGGGCAUCACGCCGCAGGAGGCCCUCAUGCGUCUCCGCCGGCUCACGUCUCUCCACCAGCAGCUCGAGGACGAGCGCAAGACGCUUGCAGCGGUGGAGGCACUGCUUGGCUUCCCACCAACGCCGUACCCUGAACUCGACCGCACGCGCAAGGACUUGCAACGGCUGGACUCACUGUAUGGGCUGUACGAGCGCUUUGUUGCGCACCAGCAGGUGUUCCUCGAGACGUACUGGACAGAGGCCGACUUGCAGGCGACGGAGACGGAGCUGCGCGGGUUCUCAACCGCACUGCAGGGCCUCUCCCCUUCGUUGAAGAAGUGGCAGGCAUACAAGGAGAUGCAGCACACGGUGUCGGCACAGCUCGAAGUGCUCCCGCUGUUGCACUUGCUCGCCCUGCCGUCCAUCCGGGACCGCCAUUGGCGCGAAGUUAUGCACAUGACAGGCAUUACGUUCCCACUGGAGGGGUUGACUAUCCGCAAGGUGCUCUCGCUCCGUCUCCUCAAGUAUGCAAACAAGAUCCAAGAGCUCGCCCGCAGUGCAACAGGCGAGGCCGAGCUUGAGAAGAGCCUGAACAAGAUCCAGACAGAGUGGAGCGACCACGUGUUUCCAAUGGAGGCGCCGGCAGAGCAGAAAUCGGUGCUGCUGCUGGACGUGGACGCGACCCAGAAUCUCAUUACGAGCGCGCAGGAGUCGCACAUGCAGCUGCACACGAUGCUCAGCUCGCCUUCGCUGGGCCCGCACCGCACCGACCUCGUUGCCUGGCUGGCCAAGCUCAGGGAGAUUAGCGUCUUCCUUACAAAGUGGCUGGAGGUACAGAAGCUGUGGGGAGAGCUUGAGGUGAUGACAAACGUGCCCGAGCUCUCACAGCAAAGCAAGCGGCUGCACAGCGUUGCGCGUGAUUUGUACAAGUUUGGCCUGGCCGCGCAGGAAACAGGCAACAUCCUCCAGUUUUGCUUUGGCGGUGACGGCGAGGGUGCCAAGACGGCGCUGCUGUCGUCGUUCUACGAUCGUCUCGAGGACUGCAGGAAAUCCAUUUCUCUCUUCCUGAACAAAAAGCGCGAAGCAUUCCCUCGGUUCUACUUCCUGUCGGACAUGAUGCUGCUGCGCGCGCUCGGCACGCAGCUGGGCGCAGGGACGCAGGUUGUGCUGCCGGAGGCCAUCAAGACGCUGAUCCCUGCCAUCCGUGCAUUUCAAAUCGCAGACGAGCGGCUGAUGCAGCAGCGCCCAUACUCGCCCUCGCUGCCAAAGGUGAAGGAGGAAGGCACGCAUGAGCGCGACAACAGCCAUCCAGGCAUGGCAGGCCUAGCUGCACGUGGCGACAGCCCGGGAAGUGAUGAUGACGAGGACGAGGAUGUCUCACACCUCAUCAUCACCAGGCUCAUUUCUCGCCAUGGCGAGGAGUUUGACCUUUCAUCGGCCGUGCGAGUGACUGCGGACGUGACAACGUGGUUGUCAGCGCUGCUGAGCCAAAUCUCGCGCAGCCUCCGCGACAAGAUCCUUGGCGCAUGCACGGGUCUUCCCGAGUCUGUUGCCACGCUUGACGACACUAUCCGGACACCGCUCGACCAGACUGCGCCCAAGCGCGCUUCGUCUGCGUCCGGCGGACACAACGGGUCGCGCCCGGGCUCUGUUGACCGCUCACGACCGCCGUCAAGCAGCAUGCGCAACCCGCCAACGAACCUUGCUACUACCGGCUACCAGAAGCCACGCACCAUUGGGGAGAACUUCUCACCGCUGCAGAGCGCAGAGACGGAGGUCAACCAGGUGAGCAUCCUGGCGACGCGGCUGUAUUGGACAUCAACCAUGGCCCUCGGCAUCGAUCAGGUCCGCGUGAACCGCUUUGCGCUGCGCUCCGCACAGCACGACAUUGUCACCUGGUGCAACAAGAUGGUGACGGCGGGCAUGGUGAAGAAGAAGAUCAAGAAGUCGCAGCUGGCGCAGCUCAAGUACCAGACGGUCGUCACGCUGCUGCUGCACCUGCGCGAUCUCUCCGACGAAAUCCUCAACGCCAGGUGUCGGGACUUGUCUGACUUUGCGUGGCUGAAGCAGCUGCGCUGGUACCUCAACCCGGAGAAGAGCACGGCGCAGGUCAACACGCUGUACACCAGCCUGUGCUAUGGCACAGAGUACGUGGGCAUCCCGCAGCCCGUGCACAUUGGCAGUCUGAUGGACAAGUACCACACCAUGCUCAUGCAGGUGCUGGUGCACGGUGGCGGGCUCUACUCGACGCCGAUGCCGGCUGUCUCUGCCCCCGCACACACGGGCAAGCAGACGGUUGUUCGCGCGCUCUCAAACAUGCUCGGCCGCAACCUCUUCCAGCUCGAUUGCACGGCGGCAACGGAUGCGGCCUCUGUCCAGCGCAUUGUCAAGGGAUUGUGCCUGAGCAGGUCCUGGGGUCUGCUCUCGGAGCUGACACAGCUCUCGCACGAGUGCCUGAGUGUGGCCGUGCAGCACAUCCGCCUGUUGCACCUGCAUUUGGAAAGCGACCCUGCCUUUGCAGCCGUGAUGCAGCAGCGCGCGGGCACGGCGUCCACCUCCCAGGAGAGCCUGAAAUCUGCUGACGACGUGGUUGAGUUUGCCAUGUUCGCCACCCUCUCCACCACCAGCUCGCGGCCCAUUCCGGAGACGGUGCGGGCGUGCUUCCGCGUGGUUGAGGUGUCCCGGCCCUCGUUCAACAUCAUCGUGUAUGCGCAUUGCCUCUCCGGCGGCAUGUUCACAAACCCAAAGUCCGUCGCCGAGAAGACUGUCAAGCUCUUCCAGAUUACAGCGGAGGCGUUUAGCAACCGCCCCUGGCUGGACUUUGGGCUGGAGUCCCUCAAGACGGUUCUCCAGGAAUCAUCAAAGUUCCGCGACGCUUCUUCUACGGUCACGGUGACUGGGACGAACGUGAAGGCGCCUGGCAUGCGGCCAAAACCGCCGUCGCGCCGCGAGUCUCGUGGUCAGGCGCAAGCGCACGCGCACUCACGCACAGCACGCACGCGGGAGUCAAACGCAGCGCACUCUGCGGAGGACUUGGAGUUGUUGACGAUUGCCCUGGCGUUUGUGGACAUGUACCACAGCUGUCUUCCCGAGGAUGACCAGCGCACGCUGCUUGAGAUUGCAACCAGUGUCGUCCCGGGCCUGCAAUCUGUUCGCCGCAGGCGAGUGGAUGCGGAGGAGGAAGACCAGCUGUCGGAGGCCAUCACCAAGUGCGCAGAUCGCAUUGGACUUGUGGCGGAAUCGUCCUGGGUCAAUUUCGCCCUCAACAUCCACCACGCAUCGCGCAACAACCGCACGGUGUUUGUUGUGGGCCCCGCCGGCAGCGGCAAGACAACAGCACUACGGGGCCUCAUUGCCGGGCUGAACAAGGUGACGCAGGAGAAGAACGACAAAGACAUGGCGGCGGCAUCGAAGGUGUCGCUCACCAGCAUUGAUGAGUACUCCCAGGCAGACGUGUCGUGCAUCAACAGCGCGGGUGGCCACGGCAACAAGGAGCGCCCGCUGCACCGUGAGCACCGCCUGUAUCCGGCCGCCAUUGGCACCAAGCAGCUGUUCGGAUUCGCGCCAUCCAAGGACGAAUGGGUCGACGGCAUUGUCCCCAUGCUUCUUCGGCAGGCCGCCUCGGAGUCUGGGAAACACACGAUUCACUGGAUUGUGUUUGACGGGCCAUGCGACAACGCGUGGGCACAUUUCCUGCGCCGCUGCCUCGGCAACUCCCCAAACAGCUACUUCCCCUGUGGCAACGGCGACAAGAUCCGCGUGCCAAGCAACAUCAAGUUUGUGUUUGAGCUCACGCCGGAGCAGAGCGACCAGGCGUCGUUGUUUGCGCCGGCGUCAUCUGCCGCGUUCCUCACGGCGCCGUGCAUGUCGUGGCGGGCGCUGGUGAAGCCCUGGCUGUCGACGCGGCGCACCCCAGAGGCCGAGCUGCUGCAGCCGCUGUUUGAUCGAUACAUGGGCACGAUGCUGGAGGUGGUGUCGACUAUUGAGGACCACGUGAUGCAGGUGUCAAUGACUUGUCGUGUCAGGACAACGCUCGACCUGCUCAGCGCCCUCUUGUCAGACUCUGUCAACGCGGCCAUCAUUCUCCCGCCGAUCCACGUUGAAUGCGCGUUCCUCUUUGCCAUCACAUGGGGCCUUGGCGGAACGCUUGAGAUUCAAGGCCGCAAGCUGUUCCACACGGAGCUGGGCAAGCUGAGUUCGCUGAUCCCAAACGACAACGACGAGCUCACCAUGUUCGACUACUGCCUCUCGCCAAGCGCCGACUGGGAGACAUGGGAAGACUUUGCUGAAGAAAUGGAGCAAGAUGCUGCAAACUUGACUGGCGGCGAUGCCGAGCAGCCGUUUGUGUUCACCAAGGAGAUGACGUGUGCAACGUUCCUGCUCGACUCGCUGACACAGAGUGGCACAGAUGCGAACGCCAUCAUUGUCGGCCACAGCGGUGUCGGUCGCAGCGCCCUCCUGCAGCAGAUGCUACAUCGACAGCGCCACUUGUCUGUCGUCCGCAACAUGCCCGUGUCUGGGCAGACGGACGCGUGCACGGUGCAGGAGUACAUGUCGCGCUUCACCUCGCGACGAACAGGCCACGUGUACGGCGCAGAGGGCGGGAAGCCCCUGCUGCUGUUGGUGGACGACAUUGACGCGUGCACGUCCUCGCACCCGCCAGCCAUCGCCACCGCUGCUGAGCAAGAGGGCGCAUCCCGCACAGGCGACAGCACCAUGCACGCGCACGAGGUGCUUCGGCUGCUGUUGGAGGAAGGCUCGUGGUACCCACACGCGUCGUCAUCUGGCGGUGCCGUCGACUCACCGGCGUCAUCGGAGACGGCUCGCAUGCGUCGUGAGGCGUGCUGGAUCACAGACCUCUCUGUCAUAGCCACGUGCCAGCCGCAGUACGCACGCAAGACAACGCUGUCCCGCCUCGGCCGGCACAUGGCCGUGUUCUAUGUGCCGCCGCCAAGUCAACCCAGCAGCAUCGCCAUCCUCACCGCCGCCCCGCUGGCCGAGCAGUUCAGCGGCGGGCAGGACGUGGAGGUGCGCGUUGAGGACGAGAACGGCGAGGCAACCGGCAACAACAACGACGACGAUGGCGGCACUGGCUGGAGCAAGGGCGACCAGGAGUAUUUCCAAAACAUGAUGACAAUGGAAAUGCUGGCAGAGGCGACGCACGAGCUGCUGACGGACCUCAACAAGGUGCUCAAGCCGACAAAGCCGGAGCUGUACCACUACGUGUUCAACCUGCGCGACGCCGUGACGGUGAUGCGUGGGCUGCGCCGGUGCCCGCCCAGCGAACACAGCACGCACGUCCUGUGUGCGUUCUGGGUGAGCGAGUGCCUGCGUGUGUUUGGGGACCGCAUGGUGUGUGAGGAACACCGUGACAUGCUGCGCGAGCGACUGAACACGCUGCUGCGGCAGCGCGAAGAAAGCCUGGCGCCUGUACCGGCCAACCACCAGCCGCUGCUGCUGUCGACAGAUACUGCCAACACGUGGGACGACACGCUGCCGUGCAUGGUGCGGGCAAGCAAGGCACUUGAGCUGCACGGCAUGUGCCUGCAGGACGUGUUUGCGCGCCUUGUACCGCCGUCAGCGCACCUGUCUGUGGCAACGGUGCCGCUUGACCGGUUUGUGGACGACGUGUGCAGCAUGUGCGAGGGGCGCGUGGCUUCGAAGGAGCUCAAGGAGGAGGUUGCUCCGCUUGCACGCGCCAACGCCACGAUUGACCAGUCUGCAAUUGUUCGCCUGAUGGACGUGGCGGCGGCGGAGAUGGAGCCACGCGAGGACGAGGGCAGUCUUGCAGCCACGGGGCGCACGAGUGGACUGCCUGGUCUGCAGGUGGUGGGCGAGCACGAUGCUGAGACGGAGGAGGAGGAAGCAGCCAUGCUGGCCAUGGUGCAGCAAGGCUUUGCGACGGCACACGGUGGCAGCGGCGGUGUUGGUGGUGCGGAUGCGCCCGCUGCAUGGCCAACGUGGUUUGCAGACUUUGGCAGCGCCGUGUUCAUGCCCCGCAGCAAGAUCACCAACACGGCCGGCAACAAGCUGCAGCGCACGCAGCAGCGCAACUCCACCGUGCCGGACUUUCACGAGCCCGUGCCCGUGACGCCGCUCGCCUUCCCCUCGUUCAGGGCGAGCGUGCUGAGCGUGCUGCUGGAAGAGAAGCGGCACCACCGGCAGCGGGUUGACCUCAGCCACCUGCACAAGGAGACACUCAACCUGGUUGCCGCCCUGGCGCGCGUGCUGAACAUGACGCACUCGCACGGCAUCUUCGUGGUGCCCACGGGCGGCGGCCUGACAGAUGCGCUGAACGUUGCCACGCGCCUUGUGAACUACCGCCUGAUGCCGCUGCACAGCCACAACCUGCGCACCUUCCACAACGACAUGCGUGCGGUGUACCGGCUUGCGGGCUCCAAGAACCAGCCUGUGUGCUGCGUGCUUGAGGGCGAGCACAUGGUGCCAGAGGUGAUGGACCACAUCAGCAGCUUCAUUUUGACAGGGUCCAUCUUCAACCUGUUUGCCGCUGAGGAGGAGGCGGCGCUGUACGACGGCGUUGUUGCUGACGCCGCCAAGCGCGCGUCGCCCGGCCAGUCACCCGCGCAGUUCUUCCACCAGCGCCUGCAGCACAACGUGCAUCUCAUUUUCCGCUUCCAGAACGUCGGCCACCGCCUCAAGCUGCUCUCCGGCUCCUUCCCCAACAUUUUGCGGCGAUGCUACGUGUACCACUCGCUGCCCAUGACCCCGCGCAUGGCUUCCAACAUCACCACUGCCGCGCUGUUUGCAAAGCCCAUGCUCCGCUCCUUCUCCUGCGCCGAUGUCAUGCGCAUCGUCACCGGGAUCACCAGGAUCCAUGACCGGCUGCAGCACCUCGACAUUGCACCGCUCGCAGAGCUAUCACAGAGUGUGGACGAGAGCAACAAGUUGGGUGACAGCUCCAGGCUGGAUCUCUUUGCUGUGCUGCACAAGAUGGUCAACUUCUUCUGCGUGAUCUUCACAGAGAAGCGCCGUCAGCAGCGCGAGGAACAGCGGCGGCUCGAGCGCGUGCUGGCCAACUGUGCGGCGACAGACGAGUACAUCCGCAGCAUCCGCAAGAGCGCAGCAGAGAACGCAGAGCGCAUUCGCACGCUCGACCAAAAGGUGCAGGAGGCGCUGGUUGCCCUCUCUGACGCGGCGGCGGGCGAGAUCUCGCAGAUGACAGACGAGGGCCUUGAGAGCGACGAUGACGAGGAGCUGCUCACCAACUUUGUCAACCAGAAGAAGCGGGAACGCAGGCGCAUGGCGUCGUCGAAAGUGAGCACAAACGAGACGAUGCGUGAACAGCGCGUGCUGGCUGCACUCGACGAUGUGGAGAUGUGGCAGUCGAAGCUGACGCUGAAGCGGCUGGACAACCUUCGAUCGCUGACGAACCCACCGCAGCUGGUGAAGCUGGUGGCCGACAUGAUCAUGGUGGUGUUGAAGCAGCCGCUCGACAACGACACAUCCCGGCGGCGCGGCACCUCCCUCUUUGCAGACAACUGGGAAACGACAACGGCGCACAUGCAAAGUCCGAGCAUCCUUGCAAAGUUGCAGCAGUUCAACCCGGACAUGCUGGACCACGAGACGGUGGAGCUGCUCGACGUGUUCCUGCAGCUGCCAAACCUCACGCCGGCGUCGGUCAAGCGCGCAUCCAAGGACGCGCACGUGCUGUUGGAGUGGAUGCUGCACCUGAUGGAGUACCACCGCGUCCGUUGCAUGACCUCCGGGCAGCAGAAGUACAUCAGCGGGUCGAUUGUUGUGACCCAUGCUGGCUCGGGGCAGAAGCACAUUGCUGUUCCUUCUGAAACGACGCCGGGCGGCCUCAUUGCCAUCACCGAGGACCAAAAUGCCGAGGAGGAAGAGGAGCAAGAGAACCCAUCCCCUGCCGAGGCACCCGCGACUGCCGGUCAGGAUCUCAGCAGCAGCACGAAGCGCAAGCGGCCCAAGGACGCCGUGGACACGACGGGGCUGGAUGUCAUCAUCAGCUCGGAGAAUAUUGCACAGCUGCAGCGCGCAUACGACGAGCUGGUGCUGCAGAAGCAGCGGUGCGAGGAAACGGCCAAGGUGCUUCAGCAGCGGCUGCAGGCCGCCAGCAAGCGCCGCAAGAGCUUCACCUCACAUCUCCCAAAGUGGACGGGCGAGCUUGAGACGCUGAAGAACGGCGGGUGGAACUGCGUGCGCAACUCCAUUGUCUCUGCAGCGUUUGCGGCGUUUGCAGGCAACCUCACCUACGGGCAGCAGGAGGCCGUGCGAAAGGCGCUGCUUGAGGAGACUGUGGCCUUUAUCGCAGAUGAUCGCAAGUCUCGCGCGCCCGUGCCGCCCGUCACGAAAUCCGGGCGCCGCCGCUCGCCGCACCUGCGCCGUAAGCUGACGGCGAACAACGACCUCGACCCGCGUGCGUCCACGACAGCGGCGACGAGCCAGGCGGGGCCACGGCCACGGAGGUUCAGCCGCGCACAGAGCUUCAACUCAAACACGCCGCCCGCGGUGCCGAAGAGCCCACCCGUGAAGCGACUGCCGCGCCUCUCGCGUAUCAUGCGCUCAUCAUCACCGGAGGAUGACGUUGAGAGCAGCGCCAAGGGGGGAAGCAAGUCCCCGCACUGCCGCAUGCUGCCAAAGGUAUUUGAGAACUGCGAUCUUGCGGCGUUCCUCGGCCUCGACCACACCAUGCACCCGAAAGAGCUGGAGGAGGAGUUGACCAGCAAGCUGCAGGCGCCCGCAGACGGCAAGACGCUGAUUCGCCUCGCCCUCAGCGUGGGCUGGACCACGUACUGGCCCGUUGUGUAUGACCCGUGCGGUCUCGUUGGCGCGUGGAUUGUUGGCGAGCUCCACGCUACAGCACCAGGGGCCGGUGAUGGCGGCAAAGGAGCCGCUGGCGCUGGCAAGGCCGCACCGCGUAGUGGCUCAACAGCUGUAACAACAGCAGCAGCAGCAGCAGCAGCAGGUGCUGCGACAACGGCCGCCAAAGCCCGUGGUGGCACUGGGCAGGGCGGCCACGCAUCAUCAUCGUCAGCAGCAGCAGGUGCAGGGCCUGCGCGGACAUCGCUUCAUCAUGAGGGCUCGGCUGUACGCAACGACAAGCACCGCGUCUCCCCGCUCAUUCGCCUGCCGCAGGCGCGGGUUGUGUCUGCAAGCUGCUACCACCCGAAUGUGACAGACGUGGUGAAGACGGCUGUUGCGCAGGGUCUGGUGCUGGUGCUGGAGGAUGUUGACGAUCAGUUCUGGACGGAUUCGCGCUUCUUCCCGCUCCUGCGCCGCCGCCGCAACAAGACAUCACAGGGCCAUGAAGCGGUGUACAUCGACGGGUCUCCCGUUGAGUGGCAUCCGCGCUUCCGCCUCAUCUUCACCAGCAGGCAGCCGCUCGUCGUGCCCUCGGAUCUCAUCAUGGACCUCAUGCCCGUCUCCUUCUGCCCUUCCGUCAUGGAGCAUGAGACGUGCGUGUAUGCGAAGACGGUGAGCUUCAAGCAGCCGAGUCUCUACUCAACACUGCAGCGCACACAAGAAACCCUGCGCGCCGAAGUUGUGGAGAUGAAGCAGCUUGAGUCGAAACUGCUGCAGCUGCUGGAACGAUCGGAUGAACUCGAUGCCGACGGCAAACCGUCCCACGACGAUCUUUCGUGGGCUGACGAGAUCCUGAAGACGCACAAUGCGCUUGAUGCCGUGACGGAGCGCAGUCUCCAGACCGCCCGCGACCUCAACACCAUCCGGGGUGAAUUCCGCCACUGCGAAGAGGCUGCGUGCGUGCUGUCUCGGUUGACGGAGGGCAUUGGCCUGCUCAUGGCCUUUGAGCGGUCCACGCUCGUGUUUGACAAGAUUGAGGAUGUGUUUGAUCACACCAUCUCCGCUGCGUUUGCGUCGCCGAACUUCUCCAUGACAGCGCUCUGCACCUCCUUCAUCGACGCCGUCCACACCAUCCUCGGCAAGGAAAUCUCCGAGCUCGGCAGAGAGCUGCUGCAGCUGAUCAUCAUCAUGCAGGUGGACGCGUCGCUGGGCGUGGAGUCUGAGUCUGCGCUCCCCGCGCGCUCGCUGUACCAGUGGUUCCACCGCCCCUCCACCGUCUCCUUUGACGACUGGGCGCAGAUGGACGCCGGCAUCGCUGUGGACCGCGCUUCCGGUGCAAUGCCGCUCGCUGACGUGCGGGCAAGAGGAAUUCAGAUUGAGGCGAAGCUGCAGGCGCUCUUUGAACGCCUUGACAGCACGCCGUGGCUGAAGGUGCUGCUGAACUACGGGGAGGCGAUUGCACGCCACCGCAGCGACUGGUCGCAGUGGCGUGAGCUGAACUGUCCCGAGGCAGCCCCGACCUUCCCUGCAUCCUGCUCUGCCGCCCACCGCGACCAUUUCCUCGUCACCACCGCCCUCAGAAACGACAGGCUGCUUGCUGCAUCGCGCAUGUGGUUGUCGUCGACGCUGGACGCGAGCAUGUCGCCCUUCUACCAGCGCUCCCAGUUCUGGACGGAAGUGGCGGACGGAUCCAACGCCCAGCCCGCACUCGUUGCGUUUGAGGACGCAGCCGGACAGAUGUUCCUCACGGGCGAAGUCAGGCGCUUCUGCGACAGGGAGCGCCUGGACUGCACGGUUGUCAUGGUUCACGAGCGACAGGAUGCGCACGAGCUUGAGUCCUACGUGGAGAUGGCACAAGAGAGUGGCAGCUGGCUCGUGCUUGUCAACAUCGAGGCCAACCCGGCCCUGGCAAGCAAACUCGUCCACGACAACAUCUAUGCCAACGACCGCGAAGUGCACCAAAAGUUCCGCCUUGUGUGCAUGUACAACAACCGCAAGUUCUGUCCACAGCACAUCAUCACCAAGAGUGCUCGCUUGUGCGUGUGCAACGUCUCGUCCUUCCGCAACAAGCUCGCCACCUUACUCGCCCAGAUUCCGUCGGACAUUGUGCUGUGCAGUACGCGCAGCGACUGGCCAUACCUGCUACACAACCUUGCAUUCUUCCACUGCGUCAUGAACUUCAGAACGCACUUUGGUCUUCCUGCGUGGUCGCACCGCUACAACUGGCCCGACAGCGUGCUGGCGGAUGUGAUGGAGUUUGCGGGCCGGCAAUUCCUCGACACGUCAUCCUCCCACCGCCUCACAGCCAUCAAGCACUAUGUUGAGCUGGUGUACGGCAGCCAGAUGUCGAGUACGCGGGACAAGCGCAUCCUCUUGACGCUCAUGUCGACGUACAUCACAUCCAGCGCAAUCAAGCCCGACUUCCACCUCACCACGAUACCCGUGCACAUGAGCAGCGAGACGCUGAAACCGUACCGCGUGCCGAUGCCAUCGCAGCGCCGCACCCGCAGCACGCUCAUGGUGGACCUGGCGGAGAACGUGAGCAAGUCCACCGCCCUGGACGAUUCGCUCCUCCCCAUCAUCUGCCACGUGCCCGGCCUUGCCAUCGAGCUGCCAAGCACCGCCCUUAACAACUCUGUGCUGCAGAUCAUGCGCCGGCUGGUUGGACGGCUGGACGUGAUGGGAGCGCACUCGAACAUCCUCGAAGCGUCGCCGCCAGAGAAACCGCCAAUCUUCUCCCCAACGUCGCCGAGGUCCAAGCGGCGGUCGACGGUUCGCCACUCGUCGCGGCUGAAGCGGACACCGCUGUGGGCGUCUGAGGAGUUUGGGCACACGUGUCCGCCGUACCGGCCAGAGGUGCUGCAUCGAAUCAUGCACGCGCUGCCCAUCCUGCCGUCCGCCAGCCGCAUCGCCAAGAAGCUCGAGGGCAGCGGCACUCCACACGGCAUUGCUCGGUUCCUGACUGAUCAGACGGAGGAGCUUCGCCAGCUGUUUGGCGUCGUUCUGUCGCGCUUGCUUGAGCUUGAUGACUUUUGCCAGGGAUGGGGCCGCCCCAAUCCCGUGUAUGCAUCCGAACUCGCCACCAUCAACGAGGGGCAGGUGCCCGACACGUGGCUGCGACUCCUGCCGUUGCCAACGACCAUGCCCCUCAACAACUCCCAGCUGCAGACGUGGCUGGACUUUGUCACCUCGCGCGCGCGUGACGUUGAGCGGGCAGCGUACUCGGGCUCCCGCGCUCUCUCCAUCGGCCUUGGCAGCUUCCCGUCACCAAAGGCGUUUUUCACGGCGCUGCGCAUUCAGGGCAUUUCCACAUUUGGUGAUGACGCGGCUUUUUGCGCAGAAGUCAGCAACAGGGAGCGAGAGCAUCUUCGUGAACCUCCCGGCGACGGAUUCCUCAUCCACGGCGCUGCGCUCCAGGGCUGCGGUUGGGACAGUGGCGAGGCGAAGGACAGCGCCAAGUUCCAGCGAAGCCCCUUACCCGUCUUGCACGUCUUCUACGCACCGCCAAAGCAGGAUAGCCGGUCACAGGAGGACAAAGGCAACAAACUGCGGCCCGCGCGCAACGACGCGGACACGAAGCGGAAAGGCGUCUUCCGCUGCCCCGUGUACCAUCUCCUCGACGAGCCAGAGGGCGGCGAGCUCACCCCGAUGUUCACGGUGUCCAUCCCCACCGAAGAUGUGGAGCUCAACAGCAGCUGGACGCUGCGUGGCGUGUGCGUGACCUUGCUCUGAUAGCGAAGCUGGUGCUUAUGCAUCUUGUGACUGUUUCGUGUUGCUUUGUUUGUUGACCUGCUGUGCGUGUGCGCGCGUUGUACAUAGGAGGUGGCCCUUUUUGGCCAGGUUGUGAUCACUUGUUUGUUUGUUGUCCUCAUGAAGGUUGUGUGAACCCAUCAAAUUCAUCAAUCGACGAUUCGCGAUA